UCAUUGUUCUGGCUUCUGGUUGCUAAGGCGCUGAGAGGGAUUUCCCAUGGAUGUCCCAUGGUGUGUGGGCGAACGCCGGGGUCGUGCCGGGCAGCGACUAUGGGAGCGACUCUGCAAGGUUCUCUGAAGCAGAAACGUUUACGGGAAACUUGAGGCAGCUGUUCCUCCGACGCGGAGGCGUGACGGCCAUGCCCGAUCCAAGAUGACGGCGUGGCUUCCUUAACCGGCGCGCUUCCGCUAGCCCGCACAGAAUUCGCUCUUUGAUUGGUCAGUGGACGGUUUCCCGGCGUGACGCGCAGGGGCGCUGGCCAAUCCGUUGAGAGCUGAGCUGGACUUGGUGGUGGGAGCGAGAACCCAGCUUUUCCAGCUGUGCGUUCCAACGGCUGCGGGCAGUUCCCUUGCAGACGAUGGCAGCCACGUAUCUGGAGUUCAUUCAGCAGAAUGAAGAGCGCGAUGGCGUGCGGUUCACGUGGAACGUGUGGCCCUCCAGCCGCCUGGAGGCCACGAGGAUGGUGGUGCCCCUGGCCUGUCUCCUAACUCCCCUGAAGGAGCGUCCAGACCUGCCACCCGUGCAGUAUGAGCCUGUGUUGUGCAGCAGGCCAACGUGCAAGGCCGUGCUCAGCCCUCUCUGUCAGGUUGAUUAUCGAGCAAAACUCUGGGCCUGCAAUUUCUGUUUCCAAAGAAAUCAGUUUCCUCCGGCUUAUGCGGGCAUAUCUGAGAUGAAUCAACCUGCCGAGUUGAUGCCCCAGUUUUCUACCAUUGAGUACGUGGUACAGCGGGGUCCCCAGGCCCCCCUGAUCUUUCUGUACGUGGUCGACACAUGUCUGGAGGAAGAUGACCUUCAAGCACUCAAAGAGUCCUUGCAGAUGUCCCUGAGUCUCCUUCCACCAGACGCCCUGGUAGGCCUCAUCACUUUUGGGAGGAUGGUGCAGGUGCAUGAACUAAGCUGCGAAGGAAUCUCCAAAAGUUACGUCUUCCGGGGGACCAAGGAUUUAACUGCAAAGCAGAUCCAGGAUAUGCUGGGCCUGAGCAAGCCGGCCAUGGCCAUGUCGCAGCCAAGACCUGCUCAAGCGCAUGAGCACCCUUCUGUUUCAAGCAGGUUUCUGCAGCCGGUUCACAAGAUUGACAUGACCCUCACCGAUCUGCUGGGCGAGCUGCAGAGGGACCCAUGGCCGGUAACUCAGGGGAAGAGACCCUUGCGCUCCACUGGCAUUGCCCUGUCCAUCGCCGUUGGCUUGUUGGAGGGCACUUUCCCCAACAUGGGAGCCCGAAUCAUGCUGUUCACGGGUGGCCCGCCUACCCAAGGGCCUGGCAUGGUCGUUGGUGAUGAGCUGAAGGUUCCUAUCCGUUCCUGGCAUGACAUUGAAAAAGACAAUGCACGCUUCAUGAAGAAGGCGACCAAGCAUUACGAGAUGCUCGCUAAUCGAACUGCUGUCAACGGCCACUGCAUUGAUAUUUACGCCUGUGCCCUUGAUCAGACCGGGCUUCUGGAGAUGAAGUGUUGCACGAAUCUUACUGGAGGCUACAUGGUGAUGGGAGAUUCUUUCAACACUUCACUCUUCAAACAGACAUUCCAAAGAAUUUUUAGUAAAGAUUUUAAUGGAAAUUUUCGAAUGGCAUUUGGUGCUACUUUAGAAGUAAAGACCUCUCGGGAACUGAAGAUUGCAGGAGCCAUUGGCCCGUGUGUAUCUCUGAAUGUGAAAGGACCGUGUGUGUCAGAAAAUGAGCUGGGUGUUGGGGGCACAAGUCAGUGGAAGAUCUGUGGCCUGGAUCCUACCUCUACCCUUGGCAUCUACUUUGAAGUUGUCAAUCAGCACAACGCCCCGAUCCCCCAGGGAGGCAGAGGCGCCAUCCAGUUCAUCACACAGUAUCAGCAUUCCAGCACCCAGAGACGCAUCCGUGUGACCACCAUCGCCCGAAAUUGGGCAGAUGCACAGAGUCAGCUCAGGCAUAUUGAAGCCUCCUUUGACCAGGAGGCUGCUGCCGUCUUGAUGGCGCGGCUAGGUGUCUUCCGGGCCGAGUCUGAGGAGGGGCCCGACGUGCUCCGGUGGCUGGACCGCCAGCUCAUCCGACUGUGUCAGAAAUUUGGCCAAUAUAACAAGGAAGAUCCCACUUCCUUCAGGUUAUCAGAUUCCUUCUCUCUGUAUCCUCAGUUCAUGUUCCACCUUAGAAGGUCUCCGUUCCUGCAAGUGUUUAACAACAGCCCUGACGAGUCGUCCUAUUACAGACACCACUUUGCCCGGCAGGACCUGAUGCAGUCCCUCAUCAUGAUCCAGCCCGUUCUCUACUCCUACUCCUUCCAUGGGCCGCCUGAGCCCGUGCUCCUGGACAGCAGCAGUAUCCUGGCAGACAGAAUUUUGCUGAUGGACACCUUCUUCCAGAUUGUCAUUUACCUUGGUGAGACUGUGGCCCAGUGGCGGAAAGCUGGAUACCAGGACAUGCCAGAGUACGAAAGCUUCAGGCACCUGCUGCAGGCUCCCCUGGAUGAUGCCCAGGAAAUCCUUCAGGCGCGCUUCCCCAUGCCGCGCUACAUCAAUACGGAGCACGGCGGCAGUCAGGCUCGAUUUCUUCUAUCCAAAGUGAACCCAUCUCAGACACACAAUAACCUGUUUGCCUGGGGCCAGGAAACCGGCGCACCCAUCCUCACUGAUGACGUCAGCUUGCAGGUGUUCAUGGAUCACCUGAAGAAGCUGGCUGUGUCCAGUGCCGCUUGAGCCGAAUGGGAACGGGAAGGGAGGAUGUUCACAGUUGUCUGGGAAGGCUUAAUGACAUUCCUUUCACUUUCCUGGUGGGUUUUAGUAGGUCAUGAAAGGGAAUUCUGAAUGCAACCCGAGAUGAUAAUUUAUUUGUAUUCCUGAUCUCUGCCCUUUUUCCUGCACCAUGAGAUUAUAAGGUCAUAACUGGUGGUAUGGUACAUGUUUAUGUUUUUUGGGAUCCUAACUUUUAUAGUUUAUAUAAAAUCAGAGGUCAUGUAUUUUGGCAGCUUGUUUACAAGAGAAAAGUUUAAUCGUCCUAAUGGAAAUAAAUCUGAAAAAAAAGCACAAAUUUGAUUUUCUGAGAAGUGUGUUUGUUUUAACUCUUUCAUGAAGCAUUUCCUGAACUUAAUACUCAUUUACCACCUACAUGUUAAGAAACCCAGGAAAUUCAAAACACAUGCGAGCGUAUUGAGGCAGAGCUGCUGGAGAUGCACCGACUCGAGUGCAGUGUGCCCAGCCAGGAAACCUCAGGCGUGGCUGCCAACGUAAGCGGUUCCAGCAGAGUGACACCUGUUGCCCUGGGCAUCCCAGUCAGGGAUCCGCAUGAUCCUAAAAAGCACACUCCAAACA